CCAGUGGCCGCAGCAAAAUACCCAUAGCAGUCCGCCGCCCAAUUCGAAAGGAGCAACGUCCUCCGGGUGCGGAUCACAAAAUCCCCGCUUCAACUCGAGCGACCCAUGGAACCAGCAAACCUAUUUCGUUUAGCGUUCCUCUGCCUGACUGCCCGAAAGAUGACAGUCUGCAGCCAGCAGCAGGCAGUCCACCCCCACCGCCGCCUCCAUCCCCCUCAAAAUCCUUUGAGCUCAAGAUGCAUGACUGCCCGAAAGACGACAGUCUGCGGCCGGCGGCAGCAAGCCCACCCCCACCGCCGCCCCCAUCUCCCCCAAAGUGGUUUGGGUUCUGCAAACAAGGGUGCGAAGCCUUCACGGAUGGCGAAUUCGCGCAGUGUAUCGAGCGGUUCACGUCUGCACUGGACAUACUGGGUGAGGAGCUUGAAAGGGGGUUGUGUGGACCGGCGCUUCAGUCGGAAAAAGCCAAACUGCUUGUGAAUCGCGCGGCUGCGCUGGUGAUGGUGGGCAAAUUUCAAGAAGCACUGCAGGAUGGCAUCGCGGCCGUCGAACUCGACCGCACAUUCCUUCGCGCGCAUUUACGUGUGGCCAAAUGCUGCCUUCUCUUGGGCAAGGCUGACGACGCCAAGGAGGCGUACCGGCACGUGGACCUGAUACUGCGCGGGCUGAACCGCCGCCUGUACCCGCGGCUGGACGAUUACCGUGCGCAGUUGCACGAAGGGCUCCUCGCCGUCGAGUCGCUCGAGUCGCUCCUUCGGGAAAUCAAUCGUUGCACCGUCGCCAACGACAACAAGGGGGCCCUUCGCGCGACCGAGGACGCGAUGGCAUUCGCCAUAGGCAGCCAGGAGCUCCGUCUACAGAAAGUCACGCUGCUCCUGACCUUGUGUGAAUUCGACAAGGUGGAAGCGUACUGUACAUAUCUGGUUCGAAAGAGCGCGUCGGGUGGGAUAAUCUCACUGGGCAUUAAAAUGGCCGUGCUGUAUUGUCGAGCGUUGCACUACCACGACAAGGUAGACGACAGUCUGCGGCCGGCGGCAGCAAGCCCACCCCCACCGCCGCCCCCAUCUCCCCCAAAGUGGUUUGGGUUCUGCAAACAAGGGUGCGAAGCCUUCACGGAUGGCGAAUUCGCGCAGUGUAUCGAGCGGUUCACGUCUGCACUGGACAUACUGGGUGAGGAGCUUGAAAGGGGGUUGUGUGGACCGGCGCUUCAGUCGGAAAAAGCCAAACUGCUUGUGAAUCGCGCGGCUGCGCUGGUGAUGGUGGGCAAAUUUCAAGAAGCACUGCAGGAUGGCAUCGCGGCCGUCGAACUCGACCGCACAUUCCUUCGCGCGCAUUUACGUGUGGCCAAAUGCUGCCUUCUCUUGGGCAAGGCUGACGACGCCAAGGAGGCGUACCGGCACGUGGACCUGAUACUGCGCGGGCUGAACCGCCGCCUGUACCCGCGGCUGGACGAUUACCGUGCGCAGUUGCACGAAGGGCUCCUCGCCGUCGAGUCGCUCGAGUCGCUCCUUCGGGAAAUCAAUCGUUGCACCGUCGCCAACGACAACAAGGGGGCCCUUCGCGCGACCGAGGACGCGAUGGCAUUCGCCAUAGGCAGCCAGGAGCUCCGUCUACAGAAAGUCACGCUGCUCCUGACCUUGUGUGAAUUCGACAAGGUGGAAGCGUACUGUACAUAUCUGGUUCGAAAGAGCGCGUCGGGUGGGAUAAUCUCACUGGGCAUUAAAAUGGCCGUGCUGUAUUGUCGAGCGUUGCACUACCACGACAAGACGGAGCAAGCUUUCGAAGUGUUGGAACAACUGCUCCGAGUCGCGCCCACCAGUGUCGACCUCUUGCACGUAAAACGACUGUGGGAGUUGAUGGAGGACGUGAGUCUAGCCGCGUACGAGGCGUCCACCCGUGGUGACUACAACAAGGCCGUGUUGCUCUACACGAAGGCGUUGACGUUGGACAAGCACCACCGGACGUACAAUGCGUCGGUCCUUGGCAGCCGAGCUACGACGUACAUGGCACUCGCACAGUACGACAAGGCCGUCCAAGACUGCAACGCAGCCUUAAAAUACCGCCCCGUCUACUUCAAGGUUCUCCUUCGACGGGCGAGGUGCUACGACAUCAUGAAUCUCUACAAGGAAAGCGUGGCGGAUUAUGACGAGUACAUGGCCAAAGCCAAGGUGACCCCCGACGACCUGCGUCACGUUCGUCGAGAGCGCGAUCAAGUCCAGGAGGACUGGGACAGAUCCAAAUAUCGACGGGAUGGCUGGGACAACGACUUUCCGUAUUCGUCGCAUCAACGAGUACCCAACGAGCAGCACAGGAACAAGGCACACGAGCACGCAGCAGGAGCCAAUCAAAAUGGGCCGCUAAGGCCGCCCUAUGUCCCGCCUUCACCAACGCAUUAUCAAGUGCUACGAGUGCCCAGCACUGCAACCCAAGACGAGAUCAAAAAGUCGUAUCGGAAGCUGGCCCUUGUGUACCAUCCAGACAAAGCCAAAACUGCACAAGACGGCGAACUGUUCAAGUACAUGUCGGCCGCCUACGGAGUUCUGUCGGACAAGCAGCUCAAAGCUGCCUACGACAUGGAGCUGCGAUACCGUGGCCACUAGUGUCAUAACUAUCUCUUCGCCCAAAGUGUAGAGCUAACAAACUGGUUUCAAACGUUGUUAUUUCGACAUAGUACUUUUUCGUUGCCGGGAAGACUAUGGAACAACGCCAGCAGGCCUUGAGUCGGCGCCGCACUCGGCGUUUUUCGCUGACGUACUCGUGGACAUCGUCGAGGCUCGAACACCCACCCAAAGCACCACGGUAGCAGCAC